GAGGAGAGGUUGUCGACUUGGGAACAUCCCCGCUGCCUUCGCAGCCGAUUGUCGUUUUAGAGAGUUUAUCCUGUACUGAACGGAACACAUCUCACCUUCACUGGAGACAUUCACACCUCACGAAUCAGUCAAGAGAAAGCCAGUGUGCUGGACGCCAUGCUGCUGAGGAAUUCUGGGAAGAUGGCGACUGGCGGUCAGGGGGAGGAGAGCAAAGGCUCCGCCCCCGAGAUGCAGCCGCGCUGGCUGUGGUGCCACUGCUACCACCACUGCCCCGUGGACUCAGUCAACCACACCUGCAGGACGGAUGGAUAUUGCUUCACUAUGGUGGAGGAGGAAGAGGGUGGGGUCCCCAUACUUACCUCAGGCUGUCUGGGGCUGGUGGGCUUUGAAUUCCAGUGCAGGAGGCAGAACACGGGAAACUCGGGCCAGAGGAGAACGCUGGAGUGCUGCACGGAUCAGGACUUCUGCAACCGCGACCUGCACCCCACCCUGCCCCCGCUCCAGACCCCGAGUUAUGUGGACGGCAGUCUCCAUCACAUGGCUCUGUUCAUCUCUGCCUCAGUCUGCAGUGUGGUCCUCGCUCUUAUCAUCAUCUUCUGUUACUUCAGGUACAAGCGGCAGGAGUCGCGGCCGCGCUACAGCGUUGGCCUGGAGCAGGAGCACCCCUGCAUGCCCCCUGGCGAGUCUCUGAAGGACCUGAUCGAGCAGUCGCACAGCUCCGGCAGCGGCUCAGGGCUCCCCCUGCUGGUGCAGCGCACCAUAGCGAAACAGAUCCAGAUGGUGAAGCAGAUCGGGAAGGGGCGCUACGGAGAGGUGUGGAUGGGGAAGUGGCGCGGCGAGAGGGUGGCCGUCAAGGUCUUCUUCACCACAGAGGAGGCCAGCUGGUUCAGAGAGACCGAGAUCUACCAGACCGUGCUGAUGAGACACGAGAACAUACUGGGGUUCAUAGCGGCGGACAUUAAGGGCACGGGCUCGUGGACACAGCUGUACCUGAUCACGGACCACCACGAGAGCGGCUCUCUGUACGACUACCUGAAGUCCUCCACGCUGGACGGGCGGUCCCUGCUGCGGCUGGCCUACUCGGCCGUGUCCGGGCUCUGCCACCUGCACACCGAGAUCUUCGGCACGCAGGGCAAGCCCGCCAUCGCCCACCGCGACCUGAAGAGCAAGAACAUCCUGGUCAAGAAGAACGGCUCCUGCUGCAUCGCCGACCUGGGGCUCGCCGUCAAGUUCAUCAGUGACACGAACGAGGUGGACAUCCCGCCCAACACGCGUGUGGGCACCAAGCGCUACAUGCCCCCCGAGGUUCUGGACGAGAGCCUGAACCGGACCCACUUCCAGUCCUACAUCAUGGCCGACAUGUACAGCUUCAGCCUCAUCCUGUGGGAGAUGGCCCGGAGAUGCGUUUCAGGAGGCAUAGUGGAGGAGUACCAGCUCCCAUACCAUGAGCUGGUGCCCACGGACCCCUCAUACGAGGACAUGAGGGAGGUGGUGUGUGUGAGGAGGCUCAGGCCCUCCUUCCCCAACCGCUGGUGCAGCGACGAGUGCCUGAGGCUCAUGGGAAAGCUGAUGUCAGAGUGCUGGGCGCACAGCCCCGCCUCCCGCCUCACCGCGCUGAGGGUGAAGAAGACGCUCGCCAAGAUGUCCGAAUCGCAGGACAUCAAGCUCUGAGGAGCAGGAGU